AUGGCGCUGGGCAGAGAGCUCGACCUGCCCGCUGGCCUGGAGCCGGGCCCGGAGCGGCGUUCCGGCGAGGUUUCUCGGUUCUUGAGGAGGAAGGAGGUGGUGGUGGAAGUGACUGAAGAAGAGGAAGUAGUAUACGAGGAGGAAGUGGUGGAGGGGAAGGAGGAAGUGGUGGAGGGGAUGGAGGUAGGAAGAAGUGAUGAGGUAGUAAAGGUGGAGGAGGUGUUGAAGGUAGAAGAGGUUAUGGAAGUGGAGGAGGUUUUGAAAUCUGGGGAGAUGCUGCUGAGGGUUGAUGAAGUUCUGGAAGUGGAGGAGAAAAUAGUGACGGUGGAUGAGGUGCUUUCUAUCCAGUGA